CGAAUAGAUGCAUUCCAAUCACGAACAUGACUUGGGAAGGAACGACUCUUUCUUUCGCAUUGCGCCAUCACUGUUCGCAAACGCGUGCUGCCGCUAUGGUAGCUUCAAGAAUGGCUUUCAAUUGUUUAGGGUCCUGGCUGAGGAAGACUCCGUAGCCACUCGUCAUACGCCCUCGUCCCUCACCAUUGUGCCUCAAAUGAAGAGCUGUAGCUGCAGCGUUGAGACGAUGUGCUGCUCUCCAAGCUCUCCCCUGCUCUAGCAUCCACUUCCAAGAAGCCGUGCCAGGCGUCCCUCUUUACGGUCACACAUUUCAGGACAUUUAAACGCAGCGAUGCCGCCUUUGUCCACACUUGCGAGGUCGAAAGUCCGCAUCUAUUUCGUUUGGGUCGAGGUGACGAAUCGAGACAGAGAGAUCAAGGAAGACGCGAUGUGCAAGAAGCAAGACGUGAAGGGUUACGGCUGAAGAGGGGUCUAUCGUCGGGAUACGGCUGAAGAGGGGACUAUCGUCGGGAUACGGCUCACGAGGGGUCUAUCGUCGGGCUUGCUGAAGGAUGAACAACCAGCAAAGGCUUGGAAUUCACUC